GUCAUCACUGGCAGUGUACGGGAUCUUGGGAGAGCCGGAAGAGGGAACGCGAGCUGAUCCCUGUAACGUUUUUCCACCGAAAACUGUUACUGCCACACAAUAUCCUCCCGGGGGGAUUUUUAAAAUUCAGCUGCUUGGAGCUACCUCUGUCGCAAACGAGUGUGUGAGGCAUCGGUUCACAAAGAUGUGGAAGGCAGCAGCUGGACAGUCCGUCAUGGUGUCUGUAGAUGAUGGAGGAGACGACUGGGAGACUGACCCUGACUUUGAGAAUGAUGUGUCUGAGAAGGAGCAGCGCUGGGGAGCCAAGACAGUGGCUGGCUCAGGCCAUCAGGAGCACAUAGAUAUACAUCACCUGCGUGAGACAGUCUCUACGGAGCAUACCAAGUUGAAGCAGAAGGAGUUGGAGAACAUGCCCAAAGCUUCACAUGGGUAUGGAGGAAGAUUUGGGGUGCAGCAGGAUCGAAUGGACAAGUCUGCUGUUGGACAUGACUACCAGAGCAAGCUGUCCAAGCACUGCUCCCAGACAGACACCUCCAAGGGCUUUGGAGGGAAGUUUGGACUCCAGGCUGACCGCGUUGACCAGUCAGCUGUUGGGUUUGAGUAUGCUGGAAAGACGGAGAAGCACGCUUCACAGAAAGACUAUGCCACUGGGUUUGGGGGGCGAUAUGGAGUACAGGCUGAUCGAGUCGACCAGAGUGCGGUGGGCUUCGAUUACCAGGGCAAAACUGAGAAACAUGAGUCCCAGAAAGAUUAUGCCAAGGGCUUUGGGGGCAAGUUUGGCGUUGAGACAGACAAGGUUGACAAGAGCGCCGUGGGCUUCGAGUACCAGGGCAAAACAGAGAGGCACGAAUCACAGAAAGACUACGUGAAGGGUUUUGGGGGCAAAUUUGGUGUGCAGACUGACAGACAGGAUAAAUCAGCUAUGGGAUGGGACCACCAGGAGAAACUGCAGCUCCACGAAUCCCAGAAAGACUAUAAGCGUGGGUUUGGAGGGCGGUAUGGGGUAGAGGUGGAGAGGCAGGACCAGUGUGCCCUGGGCUAUGAGCACAAGGAGAGCCUGGCCAAGCACGAGUCCCAAAAAGAUUAUUCUAAAGGAUUUGGAGGAAAGUUUGGUGUCCAGAAUGAUCGUAUGGAUAAGAGCGCAAGCACAUUUGAGGAUGUGGAGAAGCUGACUCCAACUUACCAGAAAACUAGACCUGUGGAGGCUGCUGGCAGCAGCACAGGAAACAUCAAGGCUCGCUUUGAGAACAUUGCCAAGCAGAAAGAGGAGGAGGACAGAAAGAGGGCUGAGGAGGAGCGGGUACGCCGUCAGGCCAAAGAGAAGCAAGAGCAGGAGGCGGCACGCCGCAAAAUUGAAGAGGCUGCCGAGGCCCAGUCUCCUGUUCCUGAUGCAAACCCCAGUCCUAUCCCAAGCCUGGCUCCUCCAGUUCAAUCAGCUGCACUGUACGAGACCCCAGAGGAUGUGCACUACGACACUGCUGAGAAUGGGGAACAGCUGGAUGAGGCAGAGCCACAGAACCAGUACACGGACCAAGAUGAUCUCUACCAGAACCCUGACGAAACUACAGCAGGAGACACCCAGCAGUAUGACUACGGUGAGGACCUUGGGGUGACAGCUGUGGCUCUGUAUGACUAUCAAGCAGCUGGCGACGACGAAAUUUCCUUUGAUCCCGACGACAUCAUCACCAAUAUUGAGAUGAUUGACGAGGGCUGGUGGCGAGGCGUGUGCCGAGGCGCUUACGGCCUUUUCCCAGCCAAUUACGUGGAGGUUCGGCAGUGAUGACACAGAGAUGACCUGUCUGCCGUUCCUUGUGCAAAAAGAGGACGGAGACGUUUUCAGAUAUUUUCCUUCUCGUGCUUCUGUCUUUCCUCCCGCUCUUCAUCUCGGCUUAGUGUUCUAACAGCACUCCAUGUCCAAGUCUCCUCACUGGCUUUCUUUUGCUACUUUCCCCUUCCCUCCUAUCUUUUCCGUUAUUUUGAGAUCAGUUUCUUCUCCAUGUAGCUGCAGUGAGACAAAAUGGAGAGCCGGUUAUCUUAGAAUGACUAAAUAGUCGUCAUGGCACAAAGCUUUGCUUUGCACCUCUGUUUUGUAGUAGUUAAAGCUACAAGAUGCAGCUGGCUGUUUAUUUGGGGACUGAGUUGAGUUUACACCUCUCUCACAGCCUCAAAUUUUAUUUUGCAGCUUUAAUUGUUUUCAUCCAAAAUCUGUAUUCAUGUUCAGCUUCACAAGGCUUUGAUCAGGCAUUGUUGCUUCGUCACACACGUCAAAAAGAACUGUUGGGUGCUUUUCAUUGAGCAGACUUUGUCCCCUCCUCUCUCCUCCCGUGGCCUGCAGAUGAUCCCCCCCUUCAUCAAGAUCUUCCAGCCAGCCUUAAAUGCAGCUGGAGGAGCGAGGAGGCUUCUGGAGGAGCUUAGUGCAGGGAAACACAGCAUUUGCCACCCCACUUCUCAGGCCAGCGUUAGCAUAAUGAAGAGUACCCUCAGUCUUACCAAAGGCAAGAGUGAUGACAGAAAUUAGCUUAAAAUGAUGUGCACGGGGCUCAGUGUGCUCACUGUGUAUUAGCUAAAGCUUAAUUUAAGCAGGAGCAGUUUGAAGUGAAACAAACCUCCCCUCUUUGGAUUAUCGUGUAUAUUGAUGGCUACAUUCUGUCCAGUCCAUUGACCAAAAAGCUGAUGAUCCCCUUUGCUUCCUGGUCAGUCCAUGUAAAGUUUGCUGUGCUGCACAAGAGUCCAAAUCCCCCUCCCAGCUGUAGCUGCACUUGUUGAUGGAAAUCUGAGUUUGGUUUAGAGCUACAAGUAGUACAAAUAUGUUUUUCAUUUGCAUCAGUUGGAGAACAUUUAACCUUUAGUGUUUUACCUUUUUCAGAAUCAUAGGGCCAAUCACACCAGAGAUUUCAUUUGUGCUACUUUGGUGAAUCAGCAGAUGAACACAUAGUAUUGUUUGAAUCUGAUUCUGCAGUGCUGAAUCAUGGAUUACUUUGUUUUGAAUCAUGUACAGAGAGAUCAUACUUUAUGAUGCUUGAGAGAAGUCCUAGAUAUAAAAGCAGGUUUUUUUUCUUCCAUCACUGUGUUCUUCUGUGGAGGUGGACGGGACUUUGGUUUAGUUUUCUAGGUCUUGUUGCUGGGAGUGCGUGUGAUUUUCUGUCAUGUUGAUGUUAAUGUGAGGCUCUGGAGGGUAACUGACAUCCUUCACCAUGACCAAACGGUGCAUGUCGACCUUGGAAUGAGCGACCUCUCCGCCAGCAGUGAAGAUGACCUGUAGAAAUGUAUCCAGCUGCUGCUGAGGGGCUCCAAACAUGAAUAAUUUCCAACAAGCAGAGGGUUGGACAAAUGGCUCAUCACAGUAGCUUAUACAGGUGUGUGUGUGUGUGUGUGUGUGUGUGUGUGUGUGUGUGUGUGCGUGCGCGCGCAUGUGUGUGCAUUCAUUUUUUCAUCUUUGGGGGUUUAUAAAUAAAAAAAGUGACCUUUUUUAAACAUUAUCUGUACCUCUGUUUACUCACAUCAUCACCUGCUUGUUCUUUUUAUUUUUGAAUUUCAAUAAAUAAACUAAAUGAAAAGAU